AGGAAAUCCAAGUUGGUAGUCGCGAACUAUCAGCUGUUUUUACACGUUUUUGUUGUAAAUAAACAGUAUAAACACACAUUGUUCAACGCGUAUUGAUUAUUAUGAUAAACAAGUGAUCGGUAAGAUUGGAAAAGGAUAAUGAAUAAUCGGAUAGCCGGCUAUUUGUAUAAAACCAUUAAAAGGCAUGUUUCACAUUAAUUAAUUCCUUGUGAUUAUCUUGUUUAUAAAUCACAUGUUUAACCAGAUUUAACAAUGUGUCUCAUAAAAUUUAAUCAAAUAAAUUAUGCAGUAACAUAUCAUUAUUUACCUACUGUUCACUUUAUUUCAUCAUUGUUAUGGAAACACAGGCCAAGUUAUUUUGAGCAUAUCUUGAAGGUUGAUAACCAACCUCAGAAAUUCAGAAUCUACUCCUUCAAUUUUAUACAUGAACACAAUUUUGAUUAAACUUAUUUACAAAUGGACUCAGAUUCUACAGAAAUGGUAAAUGAAAUCAAAAGCAAGGUAAUAUUACACUGGAAUUGCCGUGGACUCACGGAAUUUCCUGAAGCAAUAAGGAUCUAUGGAGGUCACAUACAAGAAAUAUAUUUAAAAUGGAAUAAGCUUACUACCUUACCACCGUGGAUUAUGGAAUUGUUCAAUGUUACUAAUUUAUACAUCUAUGGAAAUCUAAUGAAGGAAGUACCUGUAGGGCUUUGUCAGAUGACUCAGUUGACAGUCCUUGACUUAAGUGCUAAUCAAUUGAAGCAAAUACCUCCUUGUAUAGGAAACUUAGUUAGUUUAAGAAGUUUAUUGUUAAAUCAAAAUUAUUUGGAAAAGUUACCGCUCGAAAUGAAUCAAAUGCAUAAUUUAGAAAUCUUAUCAAUCUCUGGAAACAAAUUUUUUGCAUUGCCAGAAUGGAUGGGUUCCUUGCCUAAAUUAAAAGAAUUAAACGCAGACAAUAAUUGUCUCAAGGAACUCCCAAACAGAUUGACAUUAGCACCACAAUUGUCAACAAUUUCUGUGUGCUCUAACAGGCUGAGGUAUUUACCACUGAAUGGAUUUCUAUCAUCCCCUUGCAUUAGGUUUGAUGCAAAUAUGUAUUUAAAUUAUUUGUCUUUUCCACUUCUUUAUCAAUUAACUUCACAAGUUCAAAAUACACUUACUCAAGAUUAUAGAAAUAUUUUGGGAUAUGGAUGCUUUAGAAUGCAGUACGAGGACACAACGUUACAUGCAAAUAUAAAAUUAAAGAUAAAUGCAUUGCAUGAAGAGGAUACUGAUUACAUAAUUGAGUUGCCACGUCAGCUACUGAAAGUUUAUAACGUAGAAGAAAAUACUGUUGUUUCUUUGUGGGAAUUAGCAUUGAGAAAAAUUUAUACCGAAAGGUAUAAACAUACACUUAAUAUUUCUGUAUCACCUAUAAAUAUCAAUGUUCAAUAUGAACAAAUCGCGACAAAGAACUGCCAUAAACUUGAUUUUACAAUGCAUUCUAUUAAUUAUGCUUCAUGUAACUUGUUCACAAAUGGCCCAGCUAGCAUUUGCGUAAAUUCUCGAUGUCAACAGCCAAUCUUCGCAGAAGCUUGGAUUAUUGUUGGAGUUAGUCAUUAUAUAGAGUCUAUAACAACAGUUGCAUUAUGCUGCUGUAAAAGAUGUGCUUUCGAAUUUUCUAAAGAAUCCAACAUGACAGUGAGAUACAAAUGGCAUUGUAUAAAUUAACUAUAUUUUGUUUUAAAAAAUUCUGUAAAUAGUAAAAUAAAAGAGUUUAAUGUCUUUAAAUUAAA